UUGCUGCCGGGCUCUCCCGGGAGUGCUUCUUCUAAUCAUGGCUCCAGACUCGGGGGCCUUUCCCGACGGACAGCUUUUGAAGCUGCUGCCGGUGGAUCCCCGGGACCGGGGCACCCAGCGCUGCCGCCUGGGGCCGGCUGCUUUCCGCAGCCUGGGCGCACGCUUGGGCUCGCCGCUGAGGAUCACGUUGCCCGCCGGCGGCUGCUGCCUCUGCACGGCCUGGCCCCGGCGCGACGGGGCGGACGGCUUUGUGCAGCUGGACCCGCAGUGCGCGAGCCCCGGGGCCGAGGCGGCGGUGGGGAAAAUCAGUCUGGACAGCUUGCAGCCGGUGCCCUGUCCGCCGCUGCGGCGGGUCGCAGUGUGGCCGGUGCUGCGACCGCAGGCGGGAACCCCAAGCCCUGAUGCGGUGCUGGAGGUAGCGCACGAGCUGCUGCGCCACCGGCCGGUGUCGCGGGGACACGUGGUGGCCACCCCGCCUGGCAUCCCCGGCCCGGUUGCCGCACUGCACGUGGUGGGCGGGACGCCGGACCCUGAGCCCGCCGGCUUGGUCACACCGCACACCCGCAUCACGCUCAGCGACAAGCCGCCGCCCCAGGUCGAGCCCCCGGAGGAGGUGGCCCUUGGGGGCCUGUCGGAGACGGCCGCCUCCCUGCGGGAGCUGCUCCACCUGCCACUGCGCUACCCGCUCGCCCUGGGCGCGCUUGGGCUGGCGGUGCCCCGCGGGGUCCUCCUGGCUGGACCCCCGGGAGUGGGCAAGACCCAGCUGGUGCGGGCGGUGGCGCGCGAGGCGGGGGCCGAGCUGCUGGCGGUGAGCGCCCCGGCGCUGCAGGGAGCCCGGCCCGGGGAGACCGAGGAGAACGUGCGGCGCGUCUUCCAGCGUGCUCGGGAACUGGCCAGCCGCGGGCCCAGCCUCCUCUUUCUGGACGAGGUGGAUGCCCUGUGUCCCCGGAGAGGCGGCUCGCGGCGAGCCCCCGAGAGCCGGGUAGUGGCCCAGGUGCUGACGCUGCUGGACGGCAUCCAUGGGGACCGGGAGGUUGUGGUUGUAGGAGCCACCAACCGGCCAGAUGAGUUAGACCCAGCGCUGCGCAGGCCCGGGCGGUUUGACAGAGAGGUCGUCAUUGGGGCUCCCACACUUAAACAAAGAGAGACAAUUCUGCAAGUUAUUACUUCCAAGAUGCCCGUCUCCAGUUACAUUGACUUAGGUCUCCUGGCAGAAAUGACAGUUGGCUACGUGGGUGCUGACCUGACCGCGCUCUGUAGGGAGGCUGCCAUGUGUGCCCUUCUUAAGAAUGAGAAGAACCAGGACAGUCCUCAGAUUGACGAAAUGGACUUUCUUGAUGCUUUGAAAAAGAUUCAGCCCUCAUCAUUUCGAAGUUCUAUUGGGCUGAUGGACAUCAAGCCUGUUGGCUGGGAGCAGAUAGGGGGACUUGACGAUGUGAAGCUGAAGUUAAAGCAGUGUGUUGAGUGGCCUCUGAAGUUCCCUCAGGAGUUUGCUAGGAUGGGUCUGAAACAGCCAACCGGCCUUCUCCUCUACGGCCCCCCUGGAUGUGCUAAGACCACUCUGGUGAGGGCCCUGGCCACAAGCUGCCGCUGCUCUUUUGUGUCAGUGAGCGGAGCCGACCUCUUUUCACCUUACGUUGGAGAUUCGGAGAAAGUCUUGUCUCAGGUAUUUCGACAAGCAAGAGCCAAUACGCCAGCGCUUGUGUUUUUGGAUGAAAUUGACUCAGUCUUGGGGUCUCGCUCAGUCGGCACCUUGGGAUGUGAUGCUCGGGAGCGAGUUCUUUCAGUUCUGCUGAAUGAGCUCGAUGGUGUGGGAGUUAGGACGGUAGAGAGAAGAGGGAGUAAAUCAGACCACCAGGAAUACCAAGAGAUUCUUCAUCGGAAUGUCAUGAUCAUUGUGGCAACCAAUAGGCCUGACGUCUUAGAUGAGGCCUUGCUGCGGCCUGGAAGACUGGAUAAGAUGAUCUAUGUCCCCCCUCCUGAUCAGGAGGGCAGGCUUUCUAUUUUAAAAGUCUGUACAAACAACAUGCCGAUAGGACCUGAUGUUUCCUUAGAAAAGCUAGCGGCAGAAACGGGUUUUUUCUCUGGAGCCGAUCUUAGAAACCUCUGCAAAGAGGCUGCCUUGUUUGCUCUGCAAGAGAAUGGACUGGAAGCAACGUCAGUGAAACAAGAGCACUUCAGGGAAUCGCUUAGGACUGUGAAGCCAUCCUUGAGUCGGGAAAGCUUGACAGUGUAUGAAAACUUAUUUAAGAAAGGACUUUCUGCCUUGGAAGAUAAUUAAAUUUUUAUUUUAUUCA